AUGGUUACCUCUUCAACGGAUGGAGAACCGAGACCUAUUUAUGGAGAUCUGUACACGGUUGAAGGCUACGGCGAGGGAUACUUUUUCCCUACAUGGGUGGCGGCCCACCUGCUGGCCUCCUCCCUCGCCUGCAUCCUCCUGCGGUACCUCACCGGUGGCCAGGAUACUCCGGUGCACAGCCUAGGCUCAGGCAUGGGCCCGAUGCAAGGCCUGGUCAUGGAGGUCAUCCUCACUUUCUCCCUCCUGUUCGUCGUCUACGCAACCAUCCUCGACCCGCGGACCACCGUGCCGGGGUACGGGCCGAUGCUCACCGGCCUCAUCGUCGGUGCAAACACCCUCGCCGGCGGCAACUUCUCCGGCGCAUCCAUGAACCCCGCUCGGUCCUUCGGGCCCGCGUUGGCCACCGGGGUGUGGACCAACCACUGGAUCUACUGGGUCGGCCCGCUGGUCGGUGGCCCCCUUGCCGGGUUCGUCUACGAGUCGGUGUUCAUGGUCAAGAAGACGCACGAGCCUCUGCUCGGAUGGGACUUCUAGACCAGCAGGCUGCUCGCUUAUUUGCAUCACAUUUUGCGAUGUAUACAUACAAGUGCGUACUAGGGAUCGAUGUUGCUGUUAAAUUGUUCCGGCGGAGUGAUUCUAGGCGGAUGUAGAAAUGGAUUGUAGGGACUACAAGGUUGUUUCUCAAAAAGCUUUGAUUAGGGCUGGCCGUGUAAAUAGAUUGUUUGGAAAAUGUAAAAUGUUAUGGACUAUAUCUUGAUGCAAGCUAUUGGUAAACGCCA